AUGCUUUCGCAUACGUUUCGUCCCGGUUUUCUGUGGAUUUCUCGCGGGGGAAAAAGAGCCUUUUCCUCGCGGCCUCUCCCAAGCCAGGAACAUGAUUAUUCAAGUGAGCCAAAGUAUCCGCCAAUACAGGACUUGUCCUACCGGGCCAGAAAAAAACGUGAACAACAGUCAUGGCAUGAUAGAAUCGCCAAGCUCAGCUCGGUAGAGGAAAAGCUGUUCGAAAUAAACAUGCCGAAAUACUAUGGAUACAAAGCUAAUCUUCUUACUGACGAGAAGUUCCCGUACAAUGUAAAACCAUUCGUUCAGUAUGCUACCAGAACGUAUUUCCAAUCCGGCUUGCCUCAGCACUACGACCCACUCAAAAACGAGGCAGCAAACCUUUUGGAACAAAUUCGCAGUCAACUGGAGGAUACCAUCGGGUUCGAGUUCGCUAACAAAUGCAAGCUAGGCAUUAGCGCCAAUACAUCUCCGCAAGAGAGGGAGGAAGCAGUCGUAAGAUCUUUGUUAGUUCAGCUUAAUAGAACCAUUACAAACGCCCUUGCAACCCAAUACGAACAUCUGAGCGAAGUGGAAACGGAUUUUGAUCCCCGGCACGAGGCAUUUUGGUUUCUAGGAGGCAUCUCUCCCCCAAAACUAGUACGCAAGAUCAAAGAAGGCGAAGAGUGGCAAAAGGAAUAUGCCAGCGAUCCGUACGACCGAAAUAUGCAGUAUGUAGGGAAACCGUACAUGGCCAUCAGACACAAGCAACUGCUAGACCCGUUGGUGACGAACGAUUUAACAACAUUGGAUAUUAACAGCGAUAAUGUCGAUAUUCCCGCGUUCCGCUACGAUCCCUUGGCUUUGGGAUAUAUUGCUGAAUUUCGGCAUGCCACUACCGUGCCAGGAUUUUGGCCAGGUGAUCAGCAUGAGUUUGGUUUACUCUCAUACCAACGUCGCAGUCAUGUCAUCAAUAGGCAUAGACACUGUGCCGUUAACGAUCUUGGCGAUACUCUCGAGGCGCAAGGAAUACUGUCCAGCUUUGCUUGGCUCCUGGGACAAGCAUGCUAUCAAGGUUUCUCGAUAUUUAACGACCUCAGCUACCCUUUAACUACGCAGACGGUCAUAACCGAUGGAAAGAAUUGGUCAUUCUACGCUUACCAACUCAACACAACUCUAGUCCACUCUGACCAGGUGGACCUCAAUCCACGAUACAAUUUAUGUUGGGGAACGAAAGAUUUGCAGCUGUACGAAUCCGUCGACGAUAGCGGCAGAAUCCAUGGUUUAAACGAUGACGUUCUUCAACAUCUGAUAAUGUUCUACAUAAAUGCACCGAAGAGCCGUGCCGUCGACCUGAAGCCUUACCUCUGUCCAAAGGAAACCCGAAUUGCAGAUAUUGAGGAUGAGAAGCGUCGUGUGUUCAUGGAACAGGCCUACAAACACGUCGCAUCAAAUCGUCCUCGGCAUCUGCUCAUCCCAGAAGUUUAUCAGUGGGAAAAAAUAUACAAAAUAGACCACAAGACGCGUCCAAUGGAUCCCAAACGGCGACCGUUUGAACUUGGAGAAAAUAUGUACAAUCGUCGAAUGGAUGAGCACGCACUGAAGUAUAUCCCCCGAGCUGUGCGUCCAGGUGGAUCUAAAAGCCUGCCCAAAUUUGAGGCCACUUACUAUCCAAAUGUUCGAAGACACUAGAUAUAUGUAAGGUAGAACGUUGUGGCAAUAAACGUAUUGAAAAAAAGUGUCACGAAAGUAGAAUCUUGUAGCCAGCAUUCGAAAUUAAACUCAAAAAGCGUACGUUACAAUUAAAAUGUUUA